AUGGACGGCACUAAAAAGGAUAAACCGACUUCAUCUAUUCGGAAGGAUGAGGACCGGUCCGGGGGGGGUGGUAGCUGCCUGGCUCCCUCCCGAUCGUUAACCGGCGACGGGCAGACCAUAGAUUGCACCGCGGGGUCUAUGGAAGCAACAGCGACUGCGAAGACGGUUGGAAGCGACCGUAGACAGGAUACUGGCACGACUGGACCGCAAAAGGAGUUGGCACUGGACAAAAUACAUAGGACGGAUAAGAAAGGCGACCCGGAUCCACCACGUACGGAAGAGGACAUGGACUACGAGCUGGAAAGAGGUAGGAAAAGGAAGACUAGGCCGAUAUCGGAUGAUGAGGAAUCGGACAGCGCAUCGACUCGGACAACAACAACGAGUAAGAAAGGCGAUCCAAUUUACCUCGGGGAUACUCCGGCUAGUAUCGGCUCCCAGCUGCUGGAGUGGCUCGAUGAUCUGGAAGAAAUGCGGAGUAAGUCGAAGAACAUACAAGGGAAACUGAGUGGACGGAUGAGGCGCACGAUUGAAAAAUUGAAAGAAGGCGUAAUGAUACUUACUCGUAAAUGUGUCGGAGUACAAGGAGGUCCAAUCGAUGAGAAGCACGAUGAGGAGAUGGCUGAGCUGCGGUCCCUGCUGCAACACCUGAAACAGAAAAAUAAAGAAUUAGUAGGGUCGAUAGAGAAAUACAAAAAGGAUAAUAAUAGGUUAGUGGAAGGUAACAAGAGGAUGGCAGAGGAACUGAAGAGCAAAAAGGAAGAGGAAUUAAGGAAAGAGACGGACUUAGAAAGGAGUCAUCGGUCGGUACAAGGGAGGAUAGAUGCGUGGAAAAUGCCUCCGCCGCAACCGGUAAGAGAAAAGGAACGAAUUGUAGUGAGAAGCAACGAGAGGAUAAAUAAGGUGAUCAAGGUAAUUGACCCGAAAGAAAUAAAGGAGAAGGAAUUAUCGGAACAGAUUAGCAAGCUGAUGAUGCAACGUGAGGAACUUCGAACGCGGAAGAAGACGGAGGAUUCCGAGGAGGCGGCGGACUCCCCGAAACCGCAGAGAAGGUAUGAUAGAAGACGGAUGCCACAGACUAGUAGUGGAAGAUAUACGGCGGACGACACGACGGAUGGAGGAGAAUUUGAGGAGAAUUUCCCCCCUAUGCGAAAUCAGGAGGAUUGGAAAGUAGUAAGAAGGAGCAGAGGGGGAAAAAGUAAAGAGAAGAUAGAAAGGAAGAUAGAGAGAACCCCUAAUAAGGAAGAACAAAGGAGAACGAUGAAAAGGAGACCUCCUAGAGCUGAGGCGGUAUGGUUUGCAGGAGUAAAGAACGGAUUGACAGAGGCGGAAAUUCUGGCCAAAGCUAAAAAGGUAAUCUCGCUAGAAGACUUAGGAAUAGAUGAUCCGCGAGUUCGGAAGACAGUUACAGGUGCUACGCUUAUCGAAGUUACCGGAGAAGAUAGUAAGGGAAAGGCGGACGCGCUGGCUGCAAAACUAAAGGAGGUUUUCAAGGAAACGGAAGCGCAAAUACGAAGACCGACGAAGAAAGCGGAACUCCGCAUCAUAGGAUUAGAUGAUGAUACGGGGGAGGAGGACGUUAAGCGGGCGGUAGCGCAAGCGGGGAAAGGAAAGGCCGAAGAAAUAAGAACUGGGAGAAUAGCGAAAACGCGAUCGGGGGUCGGAAUAGUGUGGGUUUUGUGCCCUCUGAAAGUCGCGCUAGAAGCGGUUAAAGAAAGUAGGAUACGGAUAGGAUGGACGAGAGCGCGUAUUGAACUGAUCGAAGCGAGACCGAUACAAUGUUUUCGCUGUCUUGAAAGUGGUCACGUGCGCGACAGAUGCCCUAAUAAGGUGGACCGAACGGGCUCGUGUUUUAGAUGUGGAAACACAGGGCAUAGAGCGGCGGUAUGCACGAAUAAACCACACUGUCCGGCGUGUAGUGCGCAAAAUAAGGAGGCUAACCAUCGAAUUGGUAGUUUAGCGUGUAGUAAAAAUAGAAACGAGGCGGAAACAGGGACGGCUACGCGGAGGGUAGCGGAAGCUAGCUCUAAUAAUGAAAAUUAUACAAACGAACGUUAA